GAACUUUAGCUUGAAAAUGAAAAGCGGUUAUCAAUUUUACUGCAAUUUUUAUCACUUCACAUGUAUGGAUAGAUAGAAACAGUGUUCCCUAACCACUGUCUCAAUUAAAAUGUCCAGGCCCCUCCUAAUAAAUCACAUUACUACAUAGAUCAAAGCGCUAGCAUAGCCAGGCUAAUUAUAAAACUUGAACAUUGACCGUUGAAAACCAGAUGUUGUAAGGAUUAUAGUAAGCGAAAACUUAGAAACACGUAGAACUUCAUCAUGGAAAGACUCAAUUUAUUUCUUACACUUUUGAUUAUAUCUCGGAUGAGCAUUGCCCGUGGAGACUGUAACAACCGAAAUUUACCUGUUUACACAGUUAAAUGUCAUGGUGUUGAAGAUGGCGAAGUUUAUUCGGGUAUGAGAGUGAUCAUUUUUGAGGAUGCUGACCAUGCAAAAGGUGUAAACCUGGAUAACAUGUUUCCAGAUGGGGAUGUAUUGAUUGUUCUAAACGGGAAUUGCCCUAUUGACAAGGCCACUGAUAUGGACGUUGUUUGUAACCCGAGGAAUACGACGACAUUCAUAUCAGUUGCAGCUACCGAUAUGACUACUUCAUCACCACUUUCCAACCCCACUGAGAAAGAUGAAAUGGCUGACUGUGCAAGUACCAUCUGUACGUGCAACUGGACUACACCUGACUUUAUUACACUGGAUUAUCCUCGGGGCUUGCCAGUAUAAGUAGUUUAGCGCUAGCAUAUGCCAUCCACUUAGUUAGAAGAUUUUAUUUGAGACGAAGACGUCGAAAUACAGAGGAAACUCAAGGAGAAACUGAAUUGUGACUCUUAUUUUUCUGUUGACUAUUUUAGAUAGACUUUUAUGUAUAUAUACAUAUAGAAUGUAGUCCGUUAUAAAAUCAUAUUACAGUACUAUGACUUUUGUUUUUAUUGCUACAGCUGUAAUAGAUGCAUGGGAAAAGCACUGCAGAGUCACAACAACUGCAAUGAACACGAAAAUGCUCAUUAGACGUAAGCGAGUUUAACUAAGAAACGAUGGAAAGAAAGGGGAGUGGAUGGGCUUGGUGGAGUGGAGGGAUGGGAGACUGGCUUCAACAUGGGUGUGGUAGUAUGAGAUUGUCAACUGUCAAUCAUUUCAUAAUCAUGUUCAUAAUACAGAUUGGCUGAGACUAGGGGAAGAGGGGGUAUAAAUACCACGUUUCAAAUAAUGCUCUGGUAUCCUUCCAAAUACACCAUGGAGGCUAUUUGGGAGGAAAAUGCAGCAACUCUUGAGGAGUUGUGCGAGGAGGAACUUAGGAAAAGAUUAAGUGUAGAUAAUGUCAUUGACUUAAUGCCAAUGGCAGAUAGAAUGGGAUGCACGUCCCUUAGGGCGUGC